AUGCCGCCCCGCCUCGCCAUCUAUGGCGUCCUCUCCACCGUCCUCGCAGCCAGCGUCCUCGCCUCCGCUCUCCAGUCCAGGGCAAACUUCUAUGCCGCAGCCGUGUCCGUCGGGAAGAGCAGCGGCUCUUUAAUGGUCAUCGGCAACUUUCUGUUCUUCAACGCUCUGUGCUUGGGUAUCGCGCUCAAGAAGCUGUUCUUUGGUCAGCUGCGAGCUAUCGAAUAUGAGCGAUUAUGGGAGAGAUUAUGGGCAUUCAUGACCGAGUCCCUAUUGGCCCUCGCUAUCUUUAGAGAAGACUUCAACAUCGGCUUCAUACUCAUGCUCAGUAUCUUGAUCUUCCUCAAAUGCUUCCACUGGAUAACAGCCGACAGAGUCGAUUAUAUGGACCAGAUCCCCCCUCCUGGUCCUCCAAAAACAUUCCACGCCCGCAUGGUGGGGAUCAUCACCAUACUCAUGGUGCUUGAUCUCUUCUUUGUCAGCUACGCCCUCAACACCAUCCUGACCGAAGGCGUCUCUUCGAUGAUUAUUUUCACGACCGAAUUCCUCAUCCUUCAAACUUCAAUUGCAGGAACUGCGGCGAGGUACUCUAUUGGAAUGAUCGACCUCAGGCGAGCUAGAGGAAGGGAAGACGCUCCGCCCUGGGAGGCCAAGAGCAUGUAUCUGUUCUAUGUGGAUUUGGCCGUCGACUUUGUAAAGCUCCUCACAUACCUCAUGUUCUUCACAGUCAUCUUCCUCAACUAUGGUCUUCCCAUUCACAUCCUCCGUGACGUCUACUUUACCUUCACCUCCUUUGUCGGCCGCUGCAAGGACCUUGUCCGAUACCGCCAAGCCACAAGAGAUAUGGACUCUCGGUAUCCCGAUGCUACCGAAGAUGAGCUGGAGCGGAACGGAGACAGGACUUGUAUCAUUUGCCGGGAGGAGAUGAUGACUACAUCCCAGAGAGAGCGGGAAGGGCUUCAGGGUGAUGAGGGAGGUCCUAAUGAGACGCCAAAGAAGCUUGUCUGUGGGCACAUCUUCCAUUUCCACUGUCUCAGAAGCUGGCUGGAGAGGCAACAAAAAUGUCCCACUUGCCGUCGAGAUGUUCUCAAUCAACCUGAUCAGACCACCGUACCAGUCGUGCCCGUGCCGGCGGCUGCUGCUCCAGCCCAUGACGUACCCCAGCCAGCUGCGGCGCCUCCAGCAGAGGGAGCAGCAGACCGCGCGAGGGACAUUCUUCGCGAUCGGUUAUUCCCCAUCAACGACCGUCAAGACCCCGCCACUCCUCCUCGGACGCGCCCCCCAACUGCAGCCCCCACCAACCUCUCCGAACCUACUCGGCCCGUACCCGGUCCCACCCGCACUGAGACUGUGGACCAUGGGAUACAACGGGGUAUAUGGGGCGGACCAAUCAUUCCUGGCAGGUUCCAACCCCUCCCAGCGCCUCCUCUUGGUGCUGCUCCCCGCUUCUCGUCAUACACCCGAUCAGUCGCCACCACCCCAGUGGCACAAUACGGAGGCGCACAGAGCCCAUCCUAUUUCCAUGGGGCUGCGCCGCAUUACUCUCCGGGCCCGAUGUACCAGCAUGGCUACGGAUCACCUUACCCCUACGCGCUCCAUCAACCUCAACCAUACCCCCAGUACCCUCCUCCUCAUCAGUACCUUCAUCACCCCCAACCUCUUUCCCCAUCCCAAGCCCAAAGUCAACCGGACAGGCCACGCACCCGCUCCCCCGCCAUCUUCCCUGCAUUGCUCACUCCAGAGCAGAUACAGGCUUUGGAAAGGAUCGCAGGGCCUGUAGCUGAAGGAUCACAGUAUCCACGGGCUUUUGAGGCACGGGGUCAGGAAGGGCACUCGCAGGCAUCGCCGUAUGGGGGUGUGUCGGGGAGCGUGACGCCGUGGCACGCGAAUCCGCCAUUCUCUUUCUCGUCGACAGGUGAUUAUCGGGCUGCUGGGAAUGGCGCAGGUCCAGCGGAGCUCCAAGUUCCUGCGUCGUCAAACUCGGGCGGUCCCGAACAGGCGUUCGGGGCGGGGACGGAGGGCCAACGAGCCGAGACAGAGGGGACAGUCGGUGAAGAAAAAACGAAGCAAGAGGAGGCAGAGACCGAUGGCUUGCCCGAGCUUGUGAUAGAGACGAGCGAUUUGAAGACCCAAGUGGCGCAAGCCGCUCUCAGGCGCUUCCAGAACUCCCCUCUCCAAUCCACUUCGCGUCCUUCUUCCGAGCAUAGCCAGGCUGUCGCGCGAGAAGAUACUGAGAAUGACCAGGGGGCGAAUUGA